AUGUCUACAGAGAUAGACCUUACAAUGACAGAUACAAAGUCGGAACAUUCGGCGGGGUCGGUGAAGCACAGCAACAAAAUGUUUGCGAAGACACGUUCAACAGGUGUUAUCUUUACUCCCCCUGAAACUCACGACAUGGUAAGAUCUCUCUUUGACCCUACUUUGAAGAAAUCUUUUCUGGAAUUAUGUAUCGUUUUCAUUCUCUCCGCUAAUUUUAUCAUCUGUUACAAGUUAAACAACUCCUUCGGGUUGGCUUAUACUAGAAACUUUUAUUUAAUACAAUAUUUGUUUUGGAGAUUGUCAUACAAUUUGGGAAUCGGUCUCUUAUUACAUUAUCAAUCUCGUUAUGAAUCUUUAACAAAUUUUGCUGCAAGAAAUAACCUUUUUGACUCUAACAAGAACAAUAGCUUAUUGGGUAGAUUCUUGAGAUUUGAAUUGAAUUCUAAGAUGCCCGCUACUUUUAAAAUAAGUGAAUAUCCAAAUGAAUUAAACGUUUGGCUAUUAUUUCGUCAAUUUGUGGAUUUGAUCUUAAUGCAAGAUUUUGUCACUUAUAUGAUCUUUGUCUCCCUAUCUAUGCCUCAAAAUAUCACUUCUAUGACAAGUUUCUUAUUGGACUGGAAAGUUAUUUUAGGAAUAAUCUUAAUUUUAUUUAACGUUUGGGUUAAAUUAGAUGCACAUCGUGUAGUUAAAGAUUUUGCAUGGUAUUGGGGGGAUUUUUUCUUUUUGCAAUUGGAUUCAGAAUUAGUCUUUGAUGGUGUAUUUAAUAUUUCACCACAUCCAAUGUAUUCCAUAGGUUAUUCCGGUUAUUAUGGACUUUCCUUAAUUUGUGGUGAUUAUAAAGUCUUGUUGGUGUCCCUUUGGGGUCAUUUCUUACAAUUCAUCUUUUUGAAAUAUGUGGAAACACCUCAUAUUGAAAAAAUUUAUGGUUCAACGGAUGAAGAAGAUACACAUCAUGUGGAUGAUUUGAUUGCAAAGGAAAAUUAUGAUUAUUCUAAACCAUUAAUCAGUAAUGGUAUAUGGUUUAGUAAUUUCGAUAAAUUAAGAUUUACAGAUUAUUUUACUGUGGGUACCAUUCUUUCCAUUGCUUUUGGAUAUCUUCAUUGGAAUCCAUCAGAUAUGACAUUAUUUACAUUCGCUUUUGUCAUCAAAUUAAUUUCGUGGAUCUUAGUUGCAACUAUUCUUUUCAAACAAUCAAAGGAUCAAUGGUUUACUAAAUUAUUUUUGAAAAAUGGAUAUAGUCAAGUUUAUUCGUUCCAACAAUGGCAAUUUCUUUAUAACAUUACCUUGGUGGUUUCAUAUUCUUUCUUAAUAAUCCAAACUGUUUCCAAAAUAAGAAAAUUGGAAUUUCUUCCAGAAAACCAUUCAAAAUUGAUAUUUGGCUUGUUACUAUGUUCAUUACAAUUAUGGUGUAAUUCAGAGAUUAGAAACGCUAUUUCAGAUUUUGGUUGGUUUUAUGGUGAUUUCUUCUUAACAAAUUACAUCACCUCUAAAAAAUUGACAUCACAAGGUAUUUAUAGAUAUUUGAAUAAUCCUGAGGCUAUCCUUGGUGUAAUUGGUGUCUGGGGGACAGUCUUAAUGACUAAUUUUGCUUGGGAAAAUAUUUCAUUAGCCAUACUUUGGACUUUAACCAAUUUUGUACUGGUAAGAUUCAUUGAAACUCCCCAUGUCACCAAGAUUUAUGGAAAAGAUAAUAGAAUUAGUGGCGUUGGGAAAACUUUACUAUCUUUAAAACCUUUGAAACGUGUUUCAGAAAUAGUCGAUAACGUUGAACAUAUAAUUAUGAGAUCCUUAUUGACUGAAAAGGCGGUCAUUACAACGAAUACAAAUAAUAAUAGCAAUAAUAAAAAUGUUAAAGACUGGGAAAAUGUACUGGAACAUGCCAUUCACAAUGUAACCAAGAGAUUAGCACCAAAUUGUGAAUUUGAAAUUAAAUUACCGGAAAAUAAUUAUACAAAUUACUUGCCUAAUCCAAUUUCUAUUAUUUGGAAAUUGCCCUUAGAUUUUUAUAGUGAUGACGAUUGGGUGGCUCUUUAUAACGUCCUGGAUACAAGCAAUGAUCGUGAAAUUACAAAGACACCAUCGUUUGGACAUUGGGUCUUUACCAAUGAUUCAGCACAUGUUAUAAACCAUGAAAAAAAUGAAAAUUUGGUUCAAGGCGAAGUCGUAUUUGACUCAUCUCUUUUAUAUUUCCAACCUGGAAUUUAUGAAUUCAGGUAUCAUAGUAAGAAAUCUCAUAAAGUUUUAUUGAUUUCAAGACCAUUUGAAUUGUUAUUACCAAAAUUGAAUUUUGAAAGUAGUGAAUUAUUGAAUAAGGAUUUAUUAGUGUUCUUAAAUAGGUGUGGAGUAGUAAAAAACGGGAAGUUCUUCGAUUCAAAUGCUAAUAAGUAUUUCACUAUAAAAUCUUUACAGAAACUUAUCAAGGAAUCAGUCGGCGUUGAAUUAUCAAUUGAUUAUAUGAGGAAAGUUAAUGGCGACAUUGAUGUUAUUUCUCGAAGAAUUUGGGAUAUCAAGAAAGUUCUUGAUGAACUGGUUUGA